UUCUCCUGGUUUCUGGGCUUCUCAGCAUCUGUGUGUGUGUUUGUGCUUCUGUUGUCCUCUCUCUCUAUUAUGACCCAAUCCCAAAACGUGGUUUGGUCAGGUGAUUAGGAUAUGAGGAUUAACAACUUUCAGAAUGGGUAGGAUAUACCCAUGGAACAGCAAAGAUUAGUGCGUUAAUCUGAUUAAUAGGCUUAAAAAGGAUUAAGCCACGCUGUUUUAAGACUUCUUUUUUCUUCUAAUUGCUUGUUCUAAUCACAUGGAGGGAAGAAAAAGAGAAUGUAAAGCCAAGCUGAGCAAUGUUGUAAGAAAAGCUGGAGAGAAGGGCAGAAUCUUAAUGGGCUUGGGAAAGUCCUUGGAGGGGGACAAAGUGAAUCUACUUCAAGAGGCUCCGCUUAGUUUGUCAGAGUCAGAAGAUGGAUUUACUAAAGGAGAUUCCAGGACUGGGCCUAAUUGUGAUACAAUAGUGAAAAGUCUGUGUUUUCAAGAAUCAGCGGAGUCUGUUCGCUGGAACUUUGUGGAUAAGGAAGAGGACUUUUCUGAUAAGUGUGUUAUUCGUCUGUCAGGUCGAAAGACCAGUGAUGAUUGGUCAUCAGAAGGGGUCAGGGGGUCAGACAGUGAGAUCAGAAGGUGGUCAAAUAAUGAUGUGAUAUCAUCAGAGACUGAAAAGUCUAUGAUAAGUUUACCUUGUGAUAAAUUGGAACGAUUUUCUACUAUGCCAAAACUACGCAGGAAGAAAAAGACUUUCAUCCCAGAAUGGCUAACCAUGGCCAAAACGCCAUCCAGUCGAUCAAGUUUACGUGAAAAAUUACAGGAAGAAUUUCUAAGUUGCAAGAUUUGUUUGGAAUCUUUUAUCAAACCAAAAGCUUUACCAUGCCUUCACAGCUUUUGUGAACAUUGUUUGAGAGACUAUGUGAGGAGGCAUCCCGGGGAAAAACCUGGACACUUUCCGUGCCCCAUGUGCAGAAAGGAUGUGAAAAUUCCAGAGAGGGGGAUAGGGGAUUUCCAGGAUAAUUUCUUACUCCUCUCCUUGUCCGAUACAUUAGAAGAGGAUGAGGAGCCUUGGAGGUUCAGUCCCUCCCCCGGGAAGCAGCAGACUAGUAACAGCCUGGUCUCCCCUCCUCGGACUUUUGCCCCACCCACACCCCAGGAACAGCAUCUGAGAACUUUUGAUUGGUACUUUGGUAAGGUGUCUCGACAAGCUUCGGAGGACUGGUUGUUGAGCCCGGGGUACCCCAAAGGGACUUACCUGGUGAGGCAGGGAGAGGCAGCCCCUGAUACGUACACCCUGUCUGUGAGGGACUGUGAUGAAUUAAGGGGAUACAUCGUCAAACAUUAUAAAAUUCACACACAGAGAGACCCCCACGUCGCAUUUCAAAGCUACUUCAUAACACCACGGAAAAGAUUCAAAACACUUAGUGAAUUGGUUAAUCACUACACAGACAAUGCCGAUGGUCUUUGUUGCAAACUUCAACAAAUUUGCAUGAAGCCCAGGUCUCUGAUAUGGGCUUUUGAUCGAGGAAAACCUGACGAGUACGCCAGUACUAGAGAUACAGUCUUACGUGUUAGAAAGUUAGGGAGUGGACAGUUUGCAGAAGUGUGGCUAGCCCGAUGGCACAGUUCAAGAGACAUUGCAGUAAAAAUACAGAAAAAAGACGCUGUUAGCUCAGCCGCCUUCUUAGAUGAGGCCCAGCUCCUGAAGCAACUACAGCACCCCAAUAUCAUCAAACUGCUGGGCGUAUCCAGCGAGACAACACCCAUCUACCUCCUUUUAGAAUAUAUGAUUAACGGCCGACUCUCCAACUACCUGAGGGAGGGCAAAGGUCACGAACUUGGCCUGUCACAGCUCCUUUGGAUUGCAGCACAGAUUGCUGAAGGUAUGGCAUUCCUAGAGAAGGAGCAUUUUGUGCACCGGAAUUUAGGAGCUCGUAACAUUUUGGUGGGAGAACGUAAUGUAGUUAAGAUUGCUGGAUUUGGAAUGGCAAAGGUGCAAGAUGACCCAGACUUUAACUUCAGAAGAGGGCUGAAAAUGGCCAUUAAAUGGAUGUCACCAGAAGUGCUACUGUGUAACAAAUAUGGUACUAAAGGGGAUGUAUGGACAUUUGGCAUCGUACUGAUUGAGAUCUUUACAUAUGGGAAAGAACCUUAUGAAGGUAUGGGAUCAAAGGAAGCUUUUGAACAUGUGCAGCAGGGAUACAGAAUGCCAAAACCUGACAUUUGUCCCCAGGAAGUCUACGAGGUCAUUUUGACGUGCUGGAAUUCUAAUCCACCCUCCCGCCCCUCUUUUGACUUCUUAAAUACUUUCUUACAUGACUAUCAGAGUUCAUGACAAUGCCACAUGUGUUCAACCACAGAACUAUUUAAGGGCAUGUAACUCGAAUUGUACCAAGGGCAAGCAACUCCACCAGUUCUCUGUCAGUGUGUAAUGGUGGUUAAGAAUCCAAUUUUCUGUUAGUGAAUUAUUUCUUUGUUUUCUACAUGAUUGCUUUUUGUUUUGUUUGACUGUAAAUUUUACCCGACACAAGAAUUCUGUAUAUAGAGAAUAUCUUAAUUAUACAAAUAUUUACUACAAAUAUCAAAUUUAUUUAAGGUAAUACAUAUAUGUAUAUUUUGUUUGUACUGAAUUUUGCAAUUUUUGGAAAACAUUCAUGUACAUUAUCUACAAAACUAGAAAAUCCCCAAAGGGCCAGAAACCAAAUGACACAAAACUGUGUAAUUUUUUUUUGUUUUUCCAAACAAGAAAAUUAGUUUUUUUUAAUACAAAUAUUUUAAAGUUGAAACCUGCUUUAUUUCGUACAUGACAUAAUCAAUAUUAAUCUUUUAGAUAUUGCAUACAUUUGACUUCAAACAUACGGUGUAUUUUGAAUGUCACUUUUUACACAAAAUUGUUACAGUUCAUUGGAAUUUUUUUUCUUUCUUCUUUUUUUUUCCUGGGUAAACAAAA